AUGUCUGAUGCAAUCAACGCAUCUGACGACGGCGAAGUCACAGAGUUGCCCCGAGGGUCUGAUUCAUCAGUUGUGUACACAGCAAAUGCAGAGACUACAUUUUAUUUGGACUCUUCUAAAAGUGACGUCACAGAAGGAUUAAAUAUGACAGAGACAGUUCAGCUUGAAGCGCCUGUGACGUCCGGCUUGUCACCGUCGGGGAUGACAUCCUACGAUGGCUUCUCUGAGUUUUUUUCAACGUUAUCGGAGGAAGCCAUCUUGUCCAGUGCUGGGAUCAAUCACACCAUUGCAGAACUUACCCG